GUGAUUUGAUUGUCAGGAUGACAGCUCUACAGAGGUCUGCCAUUGGUGGAGACUGUUACAGUGAUAGGCUGAAGGGAUUGACAUCUCUUCAUUCAGUAUAUAAUGCAUAAAGGAAACCCUGCAGGCCAGGCAAACCUCCAUAAGACCUUACUGUAAGUAUACCAAAUGAACUAUUCAUUACCAUUAAUAUUGUUUUUCAACCUAUUCGCAUUCUGCUUUUCUGCCCAGACAGGAUGAAAAAAAGGAUGAUUCAAGAGGUCACUGGAAGCUGGAAUAUUUCCUUCUUGUCUGCUGGAUCCUCUGGUAUGCCUCACAUGAGAUACUAUUAUUUAUUCCUCUUCAUUGCCUACUUUAUUUCUUUUCUAGGAAACACCUGCCUCACGUUUGUUAUCAUUACGGACCGAAAUCUUCACACUCCUAAAUAUAUCUCUGUCUUUAAUUUAUCAAUGACAGACAUUUGUGAGGAUAUUACUAAAAUCCCUCAGCAACUGGAUGCACUUUUGUUUGGGAAUCAGUUGAUCCCGUAUGGAUUGUGCUUGUGUAACAUACUCUCCAGUAUGUUAUUUUUUUCAGUAUAUUCACUAACUCUCAAUGUUCUGUCUUUUGACAGAUUAGUAGCUAUUUGUAUACUACUGAGGUAUCAUAUGAUUGUGACUCACAGAUCAAUACUUGUUAUAAUUGUUAUUUCAUGGAUGCUAGCACUAAUGCACACAAUCAUGAGCAGACUUUGUUCUUGCAGAACUAGUGUCAUAAUCAUUCAUUUCUAUGAUCGUGGGUCAAAUUUCCCAAGCUGUGUCAGCAUGCGUGUUCUGUUUCAGGUGAUCAUUAUGUUUCCAGUUUUUUGUAUUAUCUUUUCAUAUACAUGCAUAGCUGUAACAUUGUUCACAACCCCACAUGACCAUCAAAGAGCCAGAAAGACAUGUACUGCUCAUUUAAUAGAAGGGGCUGUAUUUUAUGUGCCCAUCUGCCUAACAUAUGUCUUUCAGGUCUUUUUAAGCACCAACACUAUAAUAAUUCUUUCUCUGACAUCUACGCUUCCUUCAAUGCUUAACCUUAUCAUGACAAAGGACUUCAUGAUGUCUGUGAAAAGGUUUAUGAAAGAAAAAAAAAAGAAUAAAAAAAGGAAGAAGCAUGUUUUCAUCUACUAUACCAACUGUGUUCCAGUUAUAAUGAUAAUAGCAGUGUGA